GGUGGUUGUGCAUCAGUGCAUUCCCAUGGCAUCAAAAGGCCUAGAAAGUCUCAUAGAAGAACGAUAAAGCGAAUAAUAAGACACCGCCGUCGAAAGGUCUCAACUCCGGUGGAGAAAGGUGGCAUGGGGAGGAAGAGUGAUGCAGGGCCCUGUGUAACAGAUUACUCUGUUACUGAAGUUGUUCACAUGGAAUUCGAGAACGGUUCCAAUUCAGCAUAUCAUCUUAGACAACUUGAUUGGCACCAAUUUGAUUCUAAAUCAAACUCCCAAGAGGAACCUUAUUUUGACACUUACAGCAUUCUUGAACCGGAAUCUGAUGAUGAUUUUGAUAGUGUCCAUGGAGGAGAUAGUUUUUCGAAUGGCGAAAAUGCAACACAAGGCUAUAUAGUUCCUCGGGUUCAUCCUAUGGAAGUGAAAACUCAAGAGAUUGGACAAAAACAAGGACUCCAUAAAUUGAUGAAGUCGAUAAGCUUCAGCAACACGUCGAGGAGGCUCUCGUCAUCACUCUUCAAGCUUUCUUUCAAGAGGAGAUCAUGUGAUGUUGAUCAAAGCAGUGAACAAUGUCAAUCCAAAAGAUAUGUAUAUCGUCCGGUUGCAGGACAUAUGAUACCAUGUCAGACCGGAGAAAAGCCUUCUUCCGGAUGUUGGAACGAGAUUUCUCCCUCGGCGUUCAAAGUCCGUGGCGAAAACUAUUUCAAAGACAAAAGCAAGGUUCCUGCACCAAAGGAGUGUCCCUAUAAUCCAAUUGGUGUUGAUCUAUUUGUUUGUCCCAAAAAGAUACAUCACAUUGCUCAAUACCUUGAGCUUCCAAAUUUUAAAUCCAUUAGUGAGCUUCCCCCACUUCUUAUAGUAAAUAUCCAGUUGCCUACAUAUCCAGCUGCAAUGUUUGGUGGAGACAGUGAUGGAGAAGGUAUGAGCCUUGUACUGUAUUUCAAGGUUACUGGGAAUCUCCAAAACAUUUCUUCCCAGUUUCAGGAAAAUGUAAAGAGAGUAGUCAAUGAUGAGAUGGAAAAGGUGAAAGGAUUUAAAAAAGAAUCCAAUGUUUCUUACAGAGAAAGAUUGAAGAUCUUGGCAGGAGUUGUGAAUCCUCAAGAUAUGCAAUUAGGUGCUGCUGAAAAAAAGUUACUAAAUAACUACAACGAUAAACCCGUCCUCUCGCGCCCUCAACACAACUUUUACAAUGGUCCUAACUACUUUGAGAUUGAUUUGGACGUUCAUCGGUUCAGCUACAUAUCGAGAAAAGGACUCGAUUCUUUUCGCCAUCGUUUGAAACAUGGAAUUCUUGAUGUAGGGCUAACCAUUCAGGCACAAAAACAAGAGGAACUUCCUGAACAUGUACUAUGUUGCAUUAGAUUGAACAAGAUUGAUUUAGGUGACAUUUCUCAAGUACCAAGACUAAUGACCCUUGAUGGUGAAUGAUAUAGCAAACUUGACAAUAAGGUUGUGUUUGGCUAGGGGUAAAACAGUGGUGUAAAUUUCGGAAAUGAAAUUGUACAUAGAGUUUAUCCACAAAAUUUUACAUCACAUUUUUCCUUCUUAGCCAAACACAUCCUAAACAGGUGAAUAUUGUUUAUUAAGUAACAAAUUUGCUUCCAUGGGUGUACAUUAUGUUGUUUGGAAGCAUAUAUACUUUUGACCAAAGUCAA